UAAUUACAUGAUAAUAUGUUGGCGUAGGAAUCGGAGCUUUACCCAUAACCUCCUUUCGUGUUAUUGGAGUAGAUACGGAAUUAAGUUGUGUGUGUCAGAUGUGUCCAUCAUUUUGGAUUAUUCAAAAAGUUUGGUGGCGUUAUUUAUUUACAGAAUCGGAAAAGUGCUAAAGUGAGUAAUCUAGUAUGUGUUUGCUAGGACCCGGGUGCGAAUCGGGCUCCCAAAAUGAAGGAAAGCAUCCGCUGCUGACUAUAACGGCGGGGUGUUGGCAACGAUCGGCCGUGCUAGAUCGCAGCCGUUUUUCUUAACAUGGCUGCAACGCAGGCCGAAAAGCAGCAAAAUGACGUGAAUUGUGAGAAAGUGCAGCCGGAUCAGCAUCUGAACGUGCGGAAUUCCUUGUUGCAAAAUGGGACCGAUAAGAGUGGAGUUCGCGGAGGCGGCGGUGUAGCGGUCGCCAAGGCGAAAAACACCGGCGGCAAGAACCUCGUCACAGAAAUGAGUCAAUAUCGCCCGGACGGCAGCGGCGGCCCGGCCGCCGCCGCCGGGGCCCCCGCGCCCGCGGCCCCCGAGGCACCCGACGCCGAGCCGGGGCCCGGCGCGCCCCCCGACGCCUUCCCGGCCGAGCCCCCCGCCGACGGCCACUACUUCUACGGCCGCGACGUGCACAACAGCGAGGGCCACGCGUUCGGCCCGCGGCAGGCGUUCGGCCCCAAGGUCCCCGGGGCGCCCUACACGCAGCGGUUCGUCUCGGGGCAGGCCCUCUCGCAGCCCACCGGCCCGACCCCCACGCUCAACCAGCUGCUGCAGAGCUCCAACCCGAUGCCCCCCAAUCGCUACCAGAACAGCUACGGCCACCCCGACCAGCCCUACAACCAGGGUUGGCCCCAGAAGGCGCUGCCCACCUACGGGACGCCCCCUGCCGCGGCGCCGGGAGUCCCGCCGGCGCCCUACCGCAGCCAGCCCACGCUCUCGCCGGCGUACAGCGGCUCGGCGCCCAGCCCCGGCUACGGGGAGAGCCGCGCGGGCUGGGCCGCCCCUCCGGUCUCGGGGCAGCACGGCCCCGGCAGCCCCGGCCCGCCGAACACCACGGCCCCCGCCAGCCAGCCCUCGCCGCAGCCCCCCAGCCACUCGCCCGGCCCCGGCCUGCCGCCGAGCCCCCAGCACCAGCAGGCCCAGCACCAGGCGUUCCCGAGCAGGCCGGCGCAGCCGACCACCCCCAACGCACACGCACCCGAUGCAGCGGACCUGAGCGGCGGUAACAGCAAUGACAGUUCCGGAGGGCCAGCUCCGGGCACCCCAAACUCUCAAGGGAUGAGGCCCACACCCUCUCCCACGGGGUCGACGGGAUCGCGCUCCAUGUCUCCUGCUGUCGGUCAGCAAAACAUUCCGAUGCCUCCUCGGCCGUCCAGUGGUCAAUCCGAUGGCAGUGGAUCAACUCGAAUGAGCCAUUCGCCUAUGGCAACGCAGGGCAGCUAUCCGGCGCAGCACACGUCGCCCCAUCCGGCCCACGUUCACGGUUAUAAGGGCCAUCCGGGUAUGGUGUCGGGCCCGACCGGGCAGCAGAUGCCGCUCUACCAGCCCAACCAGCAGUACCCGCAAAGCGGCUACCCGCCGAGGCCCCAGGGCAACAUCCAGUACCCCGGCCAGGGCUACGGCCCCCCGGCGUCCCAGGCGCCGCCCAGCAACAACAUGUCCCCUCAGCAGUAUCCCAAUCGGUCGUCCAACCACAUGCCGAACUCCCAGUUCGCGCCGUACCAGCAGCAGUCGUGGCAGGGGCCGGUCACGCUGGCGAAGGGAAACGGCCCUCCGCAGGCGCCCGGGUCGCCGUCGCCGGGCCCACCGGGGCCGCCGAGACCUCCGCACUACCUCAAAACGCAUCUGCAACACAAAAUGGGUUUCGGCAACGUGUCCGGCUCGGCGCCGCCGAGCCCCAGCCCGCCGCAGAACUACCACAUGGGGCCGCCGCCACCCGGCCACCAUCACUCGGGCAUGGGUCCGCCUCCCACGAUGGGCCCGCCGAAUAUGCCGCCCGCGAGCAGUCCGCUUAUGCCGAACAGCCAUUCGCAUGACGGACCCAUGCCGCCACCGAGCUCCACACCGAACUCCCACACGCAGAUGGGGUCCGAAAUGAUGGAUAACGGCAUCACGACCACCGCGCAGGGGGGCAUGAGCACUCACGUGACCACGGCGUCGGGAGGAUCGGUCACUUCGGUCGUGACGACGGGGCCGGACGGAACGCCUAUCGACGAGGGCUCGCAGCAGUCGACCCUAUCCAACGCGUCAGCAGCUUCUGGCGAGGAUCCCCAGUGUACUACGCCGAAAUCGAAUCGGAAAAAUGACAUGGGCCACUACAGCCACCCUACGACGCCACAGAGCACGGUGCCAUCGCCAGGCGCGGCAAGCAUGAACUCGAUGCAUGACGAAUACGAACUCAGCAGUCCCAGUUGGCCACGGACCCCCGCAAGUCCUGUGUUUAACAGUCAUGUGCCUCCUCCGGACACGUAUCGCUCAAAGAAAACUGACAGCCUCAGUAAGCUAUACGAAAUGGAUGACAGUCCAGAUAGAAGAGCUUGGUUAGAUAAACUUCUCACCUUCAUGGAAGAACGAAGAACGCCUAUCACUACUUGCCCUACUAUAUCUAAGAAUCCGCUUGAUCUAUUCCGUUUGUAUGUAUAUGUCAAGGACAGGGGUGGCUUCAUGGAGGUGACAAAGAACAAGACGUGGAAAGAUAUAGCCGGUAUGUUGGGCAUCGGAGCGUCGUCUAGUGCCGCCUACACCUUAAGGAAACACUACACUAAAAAUUUACUAGCAUACGAAUGCCAGUUUGACAGGGGCGGUAUCGACCCUCAACCUAUAAUCAAUCAGGUCGAAGCUAGUUCAAAAAAGAAAUCGGCUAAAGCUGCCUCGGUGCCUUCACCGGGCUCUUCCAAUUCUCAGGAUUCUUUUCCGCCACCAGGAUCCGGCGGAACUUCGAUGGACGGUUACGGUUACGGUUAUCCACCAGGUGGAAAUCCCGAAUAUAACCCUCCGCAGCGGCCCUCGUCACAAUCCAACGCGCCUUCUCCACACGGAGGUUCAGGAGGGGCUAAUCAUUUAAACAAUGCCGCCCCUGGGGGUCCUAGCCCUGCAGGCGGGGCUGCCGACAACGUAAGCGUUUCAAACCCUUUUGAUGAUGUGUCUCCCAGUCCACCACCACGGGGUGGCCCCUUUCCAGGUGGACCGCACCCUCCUUAUCCUUCAGGCACUCCACCUAGACCACAGGGAUAUACCGGACAGUCUGGAUACACUCAGUAUCCAAGUCCUGCUCCUGGUGCUCCUCCAGAUCAGUAUUCUUCGUACCCAGCUAGUUCAGGUUAUCCGCCUGCCGUUAGACCAGUGUAUCCUCCAUAUUCAGGUGAUUCAGGAGCACCGCCGCCGCCCAAUCCAAACAACACUCCAGGUCCACCAGCGGCUGGACAAGAUCCAUACAAUCGUUAUACGAUGGGCGCAGCACCGACAUCCACAUACACGCCGAGGCCAAACUACACCGGUGCUCCGGGUAACACGGGACCGCCCACGUCGCAGCCUCCCGCAGGACCCUACACGCAACAGGAAUACUACCGCCCGGACCAACAGGGUCCUUCCGCUACGGCGAACUAUCCAGGAGGGCCAGCUUCCAAUAAGAACAUGCCUCCUCCUGCACCGCAAUCCAGGCGACAUCCAGACUUCGCCAAAGAUCAGCAGCCAUAUCAGUAUGGACAGCAAAGACCGCAGAUUUAUGCGUGGGCGAACAACAACCAGUACCGACCUAACCAGUACGGUGCUUCUGGGGGCCCGCAGGUCGGCAGCCAGCAGUGGAAUCAAGGAGGCGGUAGGCCGGCGGGUCAGUGGGAUCGCUAUCCUGCGGGCAAUCAGGGCUACCAGCCGUCGCAGUCAGGUCAGCAGCAGUGGUCGUCGAUUCCGACGCCCGGUGUGGGUCAGAACCCGCCGCUGAGGCCUCCUUUAGGGGGUCCUCGUCCCGGCAAGCCCUUCUCGAUUAUGCCUCCGCAAGGGGGUAAGGGAAGUCAACCUGCGACUUUGUCGAACACCUCAUACUCGCAGAGUCAGUUACCGAAACGAGAAAUAACUUUUCCUCCGGAUAGCGUGGAAGCGACGUUGCCGGUUUUGUACCGACGAAAGAGAUUGUGUAGGGCCGACGUCGGCCAAGUGGAUCCUUGGCGCAUAAUAAUGUGUUUGCGUUCGGGACUGUUAUCUGAAAGCACCUACGCUUUAGAUAUACUCAAUGUUUUAUUGUUCGACGAUUCGUCCGUUGGGUAUUUCGGGUUGAACCAGUGGCCUGGUCUUCUGGAUAUUUUGAUCGAGCACUUCCAGAGGGCACUGAGCGAUAUUUUUGAUGGCCCGUUCCCGAGAGAGGAAAAACCAGACGAAACUGACGUGGAUCUAGGGGGCGUGGUGACGCCGAUAGAUCCUAGCCUGAAAUCAGUUUUAUUGCAGAAUACCAACAACUAUACAUUCGUAACUCGUAAAGGUUAUCCCGUGAGGUUGGUAGAUCGAAGCGACGAAAUCUUCAUUCAGGAUCAUCAGAAAGACUGGGACGUGAGGGGUGACGCUACCGGUGCUAGUAUUUUGGCGGAUAUGACGACCGACCCUUGGCAAUUGAGGGCCGAUCACAUACUUCCAACGUUUCAGGCGGAGUUCGGCCGAAUACCGUUUCAUAGGCGGUUAGAAGACAAGAAACCUGUCGCGGAUACAAUAGAGGAGAGGCAGCGAACUCCGCCCCCCGACGAAGCGCCACCGCCUCCUAAAACUAGUGACAAAAAACGUAGGACAAAGACAUUAAGUGAUGUGAUAUCUCGAAUUAAAAAGGAUUCGUCGGAAGCGAACGGUGUGCUCACUUUAGAGACGACUACUGAUAAAGUAAAGACUGAGGUAGUGAGUGAAAAAGCGAACUGUGAAGAACAAAGUGUAGAUCUGAACGCGAGUAGUGUGAACGGGGAGUGCGGGAAAGAUAGUGGACCACAAGUGCGCGACACAGUCGGCGCGUUGAAACGUCGCCGUUCGUCGGACUGCGAAGACGAAGCAUACACUAGAGAUGAAGCGAGUCUGGUGCUGAUCACCGAAAGCCAGGACAAUAUCGGCAAAAGAUGUGUUUGCAUAUCUAAUAUUCUUAGGAGCCUUACGUUUGUCCCCGGCAAUGAGGGCGAGUUCGCACGUAGUUCGACUUUCUUAGCGGUAGUAGGAAAGUUGUUGCUUCUCCAUCACGAGCAUCCGCCUCGCACCCAGAAAACUCGAAAUUACGACCGAGAGGAGGAUGCGGACUUCGCAGAUUCAUGUAGCAGUUUGCAAGGCGAAACAGAAUGGUGGUGGGAUUUUCUGAUUCACAUUCGAGAGAACAUACUGGUGUCAAUAGCCAACAUUUCGGGUCAGAUCGACUUCAACAUGUAUCCAGAAGAAAUAGUGAGGCCUAUACUGGACGGGCUGCUGCAUUGGGCGAUCUGUCCGUCGGCGAGCGGUCAAGACCCGUUCGCCUCGGUCGGUCCUUCGUCCCUGCUGUCUCCUCAGCGGCUGGCGUUGGAGUCCUUGUGCAAGCUCUGUGUAACAAACAAUAACGUCGAUCUGGUGAUAGCCACGCCGCCGUUCUCCCGUCUGGAGCGGCUGUGCGCGGUGCUGACGAAACAUCUCUGCCGCUCGGAAGAUCAAGUGUUGCGCGAAUUUUCCAUCAACCUGCUCCACUACCUGGCGGCGGCCGACAGCAGCAUGGCGCGGACGGUGGCGUCGCAAACUCCGUGCGUAUCGCUGCUGGUGGCCUUCAUAGAGCAAGCCGAACAAAGCGCACUGGGGGUGGCCAACCAGCACGGGAUCGGCGCGUUGCGAGACAAUCCGGAUUCGAUGGGGACGAGUUUGGACAUGCUGAGAAGGGCGGCGGCAACGUUAGUGUUUCUGGCGAGGCAUCCGGAUAACAAACCUCUGCUGGUGCAACAAGAAUCCCGACUGUUGGCGCUCGUCAUGAGUCAAAUAUUAGAUCAGCAGGUAGCCCUCCUGCUUUCCAAAGUACUAUUUCAAAUAUCUCGCAGCUAAUCCCUCUGUAGAUACUCUUGCGGCCUUGGACUGGUGUACAGACCUAUGUAUAGCGUGAAUACUUGAACUUUACCAAUGAACAGUGUGUAUGUGUGCGUGUGAUGGGACUAAUGGCGACAGUCGCCGUGAGAUCCGGAUCUCCGAUAGCUAAUGAAUUCACAUAGUGUAACCCAUAAUUGUACCAUUUUGUAAAUUAAGCAACAUACGUCUUUCUGGAAAUGUCAAACAUCCAUGUUACUUAUGUAUUUAUUAAUUUGAAUAACAGAGUACGGUAGUGCUGUAGCUCUCGAGUUGCCUGGUAUGGUGGUCAUCCCCUUUAAUUUUCCUGCGCACUCAGUUCUCUUAUUUCAUGUUUGGUAUUACUGUGCGAAUGCUUUAUACAUGUCUGAUAAUGAAAUAAAUAAAUGUACAAAGGAAGUACCGAAAA